UUACGUCCCUUGGUCGGUCCUACCCACAACUCGAGAAUCAUUUGACAAUGUCUUCAAAGGCAGAAAAAGAACGCACGAAGCUUUUACAGGAUAAAUUCCAAGCCAUUUUAUCAAGUCUUCUUAAAGAUGACGAUAACAAAUACUGCGUUGAUUGUGACGCGAAGGGGCCGAGGUGGGCAUCAUGGAAUCUGGGCAUCUUCCUGUGUAUCCGCUGUGCUGGUAUACACAGAAACCUUGGGGUCCACAUAUCAAGGGUGAAGUCGGUCAACCUGGACACAUGGACCCCAGAACAAGUGGCCAUGAUGCAGGAGGUUGGCAACAGCCGUGCAAGGGCUGCAUACGAGGCUAACAUCCCUGAUAGCUUCCGCCGACCACAGACAGAUUCCAGAGCACUUGAGGCUUUCAUAAGAGCCAAAUAUGAACAUAAGAAAUAUCUUGCACGGGAGUGGGUUCCACCUAAACCAACUAUACCAAAAGAGCCAAAGAGUGAGUGGCUAGAAGAUGAUAGAGAAAAGAAACGUUCUAAGUCCAAACCAGCUUCUACCAUCCAACUCAGCUCAGUCCCCAAAUCAUCAGCCAGCAGCUCCAGCUCCAGCCGAGAGAAGAAGUCGUCCCCGGAACAGGCCAAAUCUCCGACCAAGUCCCCACCCCCAGUCCAGCAGCCACAGCCAAGCACAGCUGCUGCAGACCUCAUUGGUCUAGAGACAUAUUAUAUGUCCCAAAAUGCCUCGUCUCCAACAUCACAACAACCUAAUGGUGGAGGUGACUUACUGGCCGACAUAUUUGGUAACACCCCUAACCCAACCCAACCAGCUCAACCUGUGUCAGGGGGUGCAGGGGCUGCCCUGGGGGUGGGGGCCAACCAAACUCAAGGGGGACAACAGAAUGGCACUUUGGAGGCCAACCUGUUCGAAGAUGCAGGGACUGACAAGGGAGGAUCUGAGAAAUCUACUAAGGAAUCCAUCCUGGCUCUGUAUGGUAGUGGUGGCAGUGGCGGCGGACAACAGCAGCAGCCGCAGAUGUUUGGUGUGCCAGCAACAUCUGCACCAAGCAGUGGAGAUUUGCUACAGUUUACACCGAGUCAAGCUGGCCUUCUGCCGACACCCUCACAACUCUCCGUACAAUCAGCACCGCACCUGUCGACCAAUCAGAUGUCAAGUAGUCAGAUUUCCACCAAUCAGCAGAUGUUUCAUCAACCAAUGACCCAGCCUCAAAUGUGUUUAAUGCCACAAGGGCUAUUUUACUACGAUGCAGGAGGCAUGUACAUGCCCCAGCAGAACAUGGGCAUGUAUGGAGGUGCCAUGCCAGGGCAGCAGGGCAUGCAGUAUCAACAAGGCAUGAUGGGAAUGCAACAGCCAAACAUGUAUGGGAUGGGCCAGAUGUAAUGCCAGGGGAAUGAUGGGGGUCAGCAAAGCUGGGGUAAUAUGAUGAUGGGAGGACAGCAGCAGAUGUUCCCCAGCAGCAGCAGCAACAGCAAUAGCAACAGCAGAUGCAGCAGA